CACACUUAUUCAAAAGAGUAAUAACAUUCUUACAAAAGGUUGAAAUGAGAAAUAAUUCGUUCUACAUCGUUGCUACAGAUAAAAAAAUAAAUCUUUUGUUAUGAAAAUUAUUAGAAUCAAAUAAAAACAAAUUUGAUGACUUUAACAUUAGUUUCUUAGCUAAACAAUGAGUUUAUCUUUAUUUAAGAAAAUCCUAAAAGCAUAAUUACACCUUCGCAAAUUGCUAUUAGUUUGUAUUCGUAAAUUCUUUGACAAGUUGAAAGUAGAUGAUCGUUUUGUUAUAAUCUUGAGAAUAGAAGAUCCACAUUAUUCAGUCUCACUAAAUGUUAAUCAGUUGCAGAUUUUUGCUAACGUGGGUCGAGACAGAGGCAUCCGUUCUUUGCCAACGAAGGACUCGGCAAGGUGUGUGUUCGCGUCUCGUUAAAUGCCUCUAUUCAUACGUAAUAGGUUCAAACUCAAGUUACAAAAACAAUCAUCACCGUGCCAAUUAGUCGCAAAGAUAAAUAACGAAUCAAUAUAUCGAACUUGAGUGUUGAAUAAUUAAUUCGAUUUGAAUAAAUGUGGGAUUAAUCAGUUUUAUUAUAGGGUGAUUUUAUUAAGUCGUACAUCAUCGCAAUUUAAUCGACCCUAUUAAAGAAUCGGUCGUUUGUAAAGUCAAUCGUUUCGUAAUCUUUGCGUUUUCUUCGAUCGUACAUAAGAGUAUCGUGAUCUUGCUUGUCCUCAGUUCUAAUUUAUUAGCUUCUGCAGAUUGCUGGUAUUCACGAGUCUUCUUUUAACUGGCUUUGACCAAUGGAUUGAUUGAUUUUAAUCAUUUGUCACAUAUCUCUUAAAAUAAAUAAAAAUAAUUCAUUUUUUGUUUUAAACGUAGAUAAAUUAAAUCGGUAAAUGUUUACUUUUGUAUACUAUCUUCUAAAAACCGAGUAAAUUUAAUGCAAAUACGAUCUUGAAAAGCGCCAAUAAACGCAACCUUGCCUGUGAUAAAUUCUUUGGUAUGUUUGUUUUUAAGGUGUGAUGAAAAAUAAUUCGUUUACGAAACUAAAACUAAAUGACGUUUUUUUUGGUUAAUCUGAAAUGAAUUAGUCCAAAUUCUGAAUAUUUUAACGUUUUGUAACUAAUCGAACGUUAUAAAAUUGUAUUAAUUAACAUUUUAGCCUAAUUAACUUAUUGAGCUACUUUUGGAAUUUACGUUAAUUUGUUAUUUUAAUGUUUAUAAUAAUUUUUAAUUAGAAAAAAGAUUUGAAAACUUGCAAAUUUAGGAGAAAACGCGGAUGCCAAUUAAAUUUGAAUCCCCCCAAAAAUUCUAAUUUCGAAAAUCUCGAUCGAAUUGUCGUUCUCGUCGUCCUUUGACGUCGUCGAACAUCCUGCACAGAUACCUUUAUAAGGAUCAACCUGGCCGCGUGGUCGUUCAGUCUUUUCAGAACUUUGAUUGAGCGAACGAAGACAACAAUGAGAAAGAGCGUCUUGCUUAUUUUAUUUUCAAUCUUUUGGGUGUCCAAAGCGGACGUCUCAGAAAUUGUCGGUCGGUAUUCCUCCGACAAUUCCGGUCAAUACUACCCAGAUGAUAGCGGUCGUUACAUACCCGAUGACAGCGGAAGAUACAUCCAUGUUCCGAACCCAUACAUCCAUGACGAUCAACCCUACGUACAUACGCCGGAUGUUUUUGGACCCAACGGUCCCGGUGGACCUGGAGGACCUGGUGGGCCAAGAGGACCUGGAGGACCCGGAGGCCCAGGUGGUCCAGGAGGUCCAGGAGGCCCAGGUGGACCACGUGGUCCUUUCGGACCUAGCCCCAUUGGUUCAGAAACAACGGUUGAUAUAACCCGCACAUAUCUUCCGGUGGAUCCACGUCCUAUUCCGGUAGCUUCUUCGAAUGUUCCUACUGGAAUCGCUCCUCCAUUUAAUAGAAUACCAGGUGGUGGAAAACAAGUGGAUGUGAAAACUUUGCCUAAUUAUAAAGGAAGUGGACCGUUUAAAUGGUCGUUGAAAUCGGGCGACCAUCAAGUGGAAAAUCCAAAUUUUAAUUAUCAAAUUGAUUUGCCGCAUUAAAAAUUUUAAUCUACAAAGAUAAACUUGAAUCUAUCAGAUUUUAAAUGUACAUAUGUAUGUAUUAAGUUACGUUUGUAUCAUUUCUAUGUAAUGCUCCAAAAAAAUGUAAUAAUAAAACAAAAAAUAUAAUUUAUUAAUAACUAA